CGCUCGGCCGCCUCCAUGUUCCAGCUGCCCAUCCUCAACUUCAGCCCGCAGCAAGUGGCCGGGGUGUGCGAGACCCUCGAGGAGAGCGGCGACGUGGAGCGCCUGGGCCGCUUCCUGUGGUCGCUGCCGGUGGCGCCGGCGGCGUGCGAGGCGCUCAACCGCAACGAGUCGGUGCUCCGCGCGCGCGCCAUCGUGGCCUUCCACGGCGGCAACUACCGCGAGCUCUACCACAUCCUGGAGAGCCACAAGUUCCCCAAGGAGUCGCACGCCAAGCUGCAGGCGCUCUGGCUGGAGGCGCACUACCAGGAGGCCGAGAAGCUGCGCGGGCGGCCGCUGGGCCCCGUCGACAAGUACCGCGUGCGCAAGAAGUUCCCGCUGCCGCGCACCAUCUGGGACGGCGAGCAGAAGACGCACUGCUUCAAGGAGCGCACGCGGCACCUGCUCCGCGAGUGGUACCUGCAGGACCCUUACCCCAACCCCAGCAAAAAGCGCGAGCUGGCCCAGGCCACGGGACUCACCCCCACGCAAGUGGGCAACUGGUUCAAAAACCGGCGGCAAAGGGACAGGGCCGCCGCCGCCAAGAACAGGCUCCAGCAGCAGGUGCUGUCCUCUCAGGGCGCCGGGCGGUCGCUGCCUUCGGAGGAAGAGAGCGCGGGCGAACCGCUGCUGGGCGCCGCCUCCAGCCCGGCCGCCAGCCUGUCCAGCAAAGCCGCCGCCUCCUCGGCCAUCUCCAUCACCUCAAGCGACAGCGAAUGUGAUCUGUGA